AUGGUUUAAAGAAAUUAAGAAGACAUGACUGAUGCAGGAGCCAAUAAAUUUGAAACUGAAACCAGGGAAAAAAGAUCAAAACAUUAUUUUAAAAGUGGGGCCCAUUAUGAAGGAGAAUGGUUAGGAAAAUAAAGGGAUGGUUUCGGAAUUUAAAUAUGGUCAGACGGAGCUAAAUACGAGGGAUAAUGGAAAUAAAACAGAGCCGAUGGAAAAGGUAAGUUUUGGUAUGCCAGCGGGGAUCUUUACGAUGGAGAAUGGAAGGAAGAUAGAGUUAGUGGUUAGGGGAAAUAUAUUCAUGCUAAUGGAGCCAAAUAUGAUGGACAAUGGUUAAAUGAUUAACCUCAUGGUUAUGGCAUUGAAAUUUGGAAGGAUCAAUCUCGAUAUGAAGGGAAUUAUAGGUUUGGGAAAAAAGAAGGUUUUGGAAAAUAUUACUGGAAUGAUGGAUCUUGUUAUUAGGGCUAUUGGAAGAGGAAUCAGCUGGAAGGGUUCGGAAUAUAUACUUGGUCUGACGAUAGAAAAUACAUGGGGAUGUGGAGCAAUAAUUAAAUGAAUGGCAGAGGCAUAUAUACAUGGCCUGAUGGACGUUCAUAUGAAGGAGAAUAUGCAAAUGAUAAAAAAUAAGGAUAUGGUAUUUAUGAGUGGCCAGAUGGAAGAAAAUAUGAAGGUUAUUGGAGAAAUGGAAAACAAUCUGGAAAAGGCAGAUAUUCAUUACCAACUAAUAAUAGUUAGUUAGGCUUAUGGGAGGAAGGGCGUAGAAUUUAAUGGUUAGUUCAGGAUGAGGAUAUUAAACCAAAGGGGUGGGACCAAUACCAACAGCCAACGUUACCAUAAGAUUAAAUCACUAUUAAAUGA